GGUUAUGUCACAGGUGUCAUAGGUUAUGUUUACAAAACUACUAAAAUCGAAAAUUCUGCAAUGUCUUUGAUAUUCCGAAGGCUGUGUACAAAAAAAAGCAUUCAAAUACUAGUAAAUAACGCCAGCAAGAAAUUACUGCAUCAAACAUCUCAAGCACCAACCGCAAUAUCUGCUAUUUAUAAUCCUAACCUACAAAUUUUAAGGUACAAAAGUAAAGUGGGCAAAAAUAAGGCUUCGCAGAAAGUAUCAGAGUCUGAAGCUGAAGAUGAUCAAGAUGACGAUAUUUUUGAUGAUAUAAACAGUAAACAUACGAAAACUUUAAAUAUUCACGUACCUUCCAUGAGAGUAGAUACAUUGCUAAAAGCUGGACUUGGUUUGUCACGAAAUAAGAUAGAAGUACUCUUUUAUGGAAGUAAUAUUAGAGUGAACGGUGAAAAAAUUGUUAAAAAGAGUGUAGGUGUUCAGGAAGGUGAUGAAAUAGAUGUGAUAAAAGGUCCCAGUCCUACGAAUCCUGAUUUUCUAAUUGUUGCGAGAGUAGAAAUUUUAUCUGCCAAAGGAGAAGAUGAUAGUAUUAAUGUUAAGAUAAGGAGGUGUAAGACACUGACCAUUGACAAUUAUGAAGGCAGGAAUAAGUGGUCUCACUCGUCACAAUCUGAACAAUAAUAUAGACUUGAAAUUUGUACAUAUUUUAGUCUUAAGCGUUGAAUAAAUCUUUUUGUUAA